GUUACUGUUAUUCUAAAUAAUCCUAAUCAUGUUUUUAUUUUUCCUGUUUUACAGCUUCAUUACAACGCUUACUAUCACCAACACACACAUAUCCACACACACACACAUAUAAAACCAACGGCACUUUUAAGAGCCACUCUCUCUCUCACUGUCUCUCUUUCUAUCACUCUCUCACUUUCUCUUUCAAUCACUCUCACUCUCCUGUCUUUCUCUCACUCUCUUCAUUUUGUGUAUUGUUUGUAUAUUGUGUCUGUAUUGUUUGUAUUAUUUGUAUGCCAUGUCCCUCAACCCUGAAGUGAGGGUCUUUGAGGAUCCCAAUGAGGCCACGAUGCACAUGGCAGCAUUGAUUAGCGAGGCUCAUCUCCACGAGGCCAGGGCUGCCAUGGCCACUGAAACCCCUGCCAUCCCUCCGGAAAAGAAAAGAAAAAGCAGGAAGAGACCUCUUUCUAAUCCAGUGGUCACACGCAGACGUGAGAGACAACGGGAAACACAACGUUCCGCAUCAGCUUCACAAGCCAGAAGAGACGAUCCUGUGCAUGAGGAAGGCCUUCAGCUAGAACAUCAAGAGUUUGGUAGUCUUGAAACACAUCUCCAAGAGUUAAGGGACACCCUAACUGCAGUCCAGGUUCCGGAGGCAACAGACGGAACGGUUUCUGCCUGGGCACAAAGGCAGCUUCUCACAGAUGUGAGAAUGAAAACGGCUAGGCCAAUGCUUUUUAAUGCAAAACUCUCAGCUGAGAGAAUAGCCAUUCAGAAGUGCCACAGAUGCUGUGCAGAAGAAGCGGCUAUUAGGUGCCUGGACUGUGUUCCACUGGACAUGGAGUUCCUCUGUGCAACCUGUGACAUGGAAGCCCACAAGAGGAAUAUCUUCCAUGACAGAGAGGCUGUGUUCAAUGGAUUUCUGGAGCCCAUUCCCCCUACAACUGCUGUGGUGGUGGAUGAAAAUGGCCAGCCUCAGUUUUGUGAACAAAUAUGUCAACUGCCUGUUCCUACUCCAAGGUCAAUCUGUGAAUGCUCUGAUGACGUCACAGUUACUCCUUGGAAGCAUAUUUCUGUGGUCACCAUCAACGGACGAUACAAUGUCUGCUUGCCUCGGAAAUCCUGUCCAUCCUGCUCUGCAGAAUGGACUCCUGAGGUUAAAGACCUGCUUUUGUAUCGGUACUGGCCAGCUAGCACCAGCUGCCAGACGCUUUACUUGUUUUGUAUCAUACACAAUGAUAUUCUUCCUCUCUUCAUCAGUUUCCAACUUGUUUAUCAAAUUCAGCUGAUGAUUUGUUUUGCUUAAGUUAUUGGGAAGUUUGAUAUAAGAACAUUUACAAUUAGACAGGUAGUUUAUGCCUAAAACUAUGUCGUUUUGUUGUCCUGAGUCUUUUCCAGUCAUUUCCAGUUUUUAUCAGGAACAUUUUUUAUAGGUUUGAAUGUUUUAUGUCGACUCAUUUACUUCUGGUGAAGUCUGACGACUGGCAUACAUUUAUUGCUAAAACUGAAAGUUUAACUUUGAAUGCUGUAUGAUUCUUAGUAUGCACAUCUUGACAUUUGUAUAUUAAUACAAGAAUAUGAGUGUGUUUUUUUUACAUUGUACUUUAGUCCUUGUGAGUUUAAAUGUAUACAUAUCCGUCAGUAGCUUGUCAUCCUAAU